AUGUCAUGUAGUGUUGAAAACGAAGAAGUUGAGUUGUGGCAAGUACUUUCAGAAAAAUACUUUGUCCUUUUACGUUGCGAGGAGUACCACCUCACCCGGCAGACGAUUAUAAGCAAAGGGUCACUUCUCUACAAAGACGAACGAAUCAAGUUGAUCAAUUUAGCCAAGACCCUCUUUUUGUCAGUCAACGAACUGAAACCGUACAUUAACCAACCAAUUUCAAAUGACAUUGGACAAGACAUGUUACAAUACUUCGGACAGAAACUACCCGUCCCAGUGAAUUACCUCAAGCAGGCAUUAUUUCCCCUCGUUGUUGUGACGUCUUCUGUCAUGAAUAUAUCCAAAAAACUCGAAUUGGAGGUCAACGACCAAACAACGUACGUCAUUGCAUUACCGGCACCAUUACCCGAAAUCGUUCAUGACACACAACCCGGUUUUAAAAGUAAAAAGUGCUCAUAUGAAAGCCCGGAAGAAGCAGUAACGCUCUACGACACAGAUUUAACAACCCAUGAGUUCUAUACAUUUCCAUUCAGUUACUGUCUUUGUCUAGGAAACGACUUUAUCAAGAAAUUGUCAAUUGGCAAACAUACUCUUUACACCUCUAAUAACAAUGUGUUGGUCGCGUUCAACGGGGAUUACAGCACAAUUGAUGUUUUGGUCGAAAAAUGUAUGGACGACGAGACCAAAAAUGUUGUUGUCGAGUAUAGCAAGAAGACGGUGGUUAAAAUUCGCGACACAAACGGAAGGCUUUUGAAGUACCCAAGUCGCGGAAAGCAUUGCCACCACACCAAUUAUUAUGAAAUCCAAAAUGUCGUCAAGCACGUAGUGCAAUACUGCACCUGUCUCUGUGGUACCACUUGUUCGUACAACGACAUCAUUAUUGACCCACAUAUGAAAGACAUCUGCGAAAAUGCUGGUCGUGAUUCUUGGUAUGUCGAGAUAAAUGGGAAUGAAGUGAGGUACUUGAGUCAAAAGGAAGGGUCUUCUCUAUUGUCUGAAGUCGUCGAAAUUGAUUGA